AAGUGUUUGAUAUCCAUGAGAGUAUUUUUGUGAACAAAAGAUGUAAAGGUUAAUCAAUAAAGUCAAUUUUUCACAGCCUUCUUUUGCUCAUAUUUAACAAGGGUGCCAAUAUUAUUGGAGGGCAUUUGUAAAAUUAAAACUGGAAAUGUAGACCUCCUGACCUUCACGCAUAUUUUUGAGUAGGAGUGCCACAUUUUAGCACUGGAAUAUGCUGCUAUGAGGUACCUUGCAAAAAUAUGGCGAAGCUCCAAGUUAUUGCUGGACGAUAUGGCGAAAGUGCAAGUCAUCACUCAGAAUUACACAAAACGCGCCAAAAGUACGAGUCGUCGCUUUAAACGCAGCGAACGUACGAGUUAUGACUCGAACACAAACACGAAAAAUGUGAACCGUCACUUUAAAAUAUACAAAAAUCGCAGGUUAUGACUCCAAAAUACACACAGACUACGACUUAUUACUCAAAAGUGCGCCAAAAGGACGAGUCUUGAUUGGGUGUUUGGAUAAUUGCAUGACUGAGCAGCUGUGUGGUAAGUAUUAUCUGUAUUAUGAAUGAACCAGAAAAUAUUCUGUCCUUCAAUGGGCAAAAAAAAAGAAUAAUAAUACUUUCGGUACUAAAGAGAGAAAAUUCUGAACGUUUUUCUUCAGGGUUAAAAGUAUGGAAUUGUGUAAGAUUGUGAUAGACCUUGGUGUAUAUUUACAGUAAAGCUGGUAGACCUGUGGUGCAUCAAAUAAAAAAUAAAAUAAAAUAACGGUAGAAAUCUUGAGUCCUUGAGAUGGUCGGAACAUGCAUGAAGCAAUGUCUAAAGGUCUCGUUUGGCGUAAUAUAAGCUUUUUUCCACAUCAGUGUUGCAAUAACGAUGAAUGAGUAUUGGAUAUUCUAGUUUGUUCUAGUUUAUUUCUGUGUGUCGUAAGACAAAAUAAUCCAGAUUGGGCUCGAUCAUGGCUUUUUAGCCGAGACGUCUGCAAAAGCAGCGCAACUGUAUGAGAAGUCUUGUACGUGAAGUCAUUUAAAGAACUAUAAAAGCACUCCCCCGACUAUUAUUGCUCUCAAUUUAAUAUGCGGAGGGACUGUUUACUGACUCGAAAGGUCUGGAAUAACUUCCACGUGCAAUUGUUUCUGAUUGAUGGUGGUGGAAUGGCAUUGACAGAUGAACAGGCUUAAAGGCCAUCACUGGCUGCCACAGCGUAGUUCAAAUGACAAGCAAGGUGGCGCAAGUCCAUGUGAGUAAAAGGGCUCUCCAGACCCUCUUCAACACCUUAAUCUUUAAUAUCGAGACACUUUUGAUGGAAGACGUUCUAUCAGAAGUUCAAGCACGCUACCAGGCGAGUUCUGGUUUCUUUUCUCCAACAGAGCAAUGAUUCUUUGCAGGUUUUUUUUAUUUUUUUUUUGGCUGCUGCUGAAGUCAGGCACCGAGUUUGUAAACUUGCUAUCUUUUCACAGUGCCUAGAAGCCCACUGCCGGCGUCUCAAGUAUUUCCACAACCCCGGCAGUUAGGAAACCCGAUCCUCGGUUUGAUACAGAAUUAAGUACGAAACCCAUUCCAUUUUAUUUGCUGUAAUUUAACUCCACCGAGGGUAAAAAUAUGAGCUGGCUGCAGCUCUGGAGGAGUCAGAGCUUGGCACAGAGGCAGGCAAGUUGCAGCUCUCUCAAACCAUCAGGCACAGAAGCCUGUUGUUUUUGCAGCGUGCUGACCAGAAGCUGGGUUUUUGGGGUUGUUUUUUUUUCUUAAGGGGGUGGAGGCAAGGCCCCGAGCUCUGGUUAUGUUCUUGCAAAGUCACAAAGGUGCAUUUAGAGCAGGAAGGAGGUCUGCCUGUGGAGUGUUUUGCAGAAAGGAGGGGGGGGCACUUAGUGGGUGUUUGUGCCUGCUCGUAGCGGUUGCCUCUGAGAAACUCAAAGCCGGAAUUUGUUUCAGCUCCUUAAAGAGAACGACCACCGUGGAGUUCGCUGUCACACGGUGGAGCGCUAUAGGCUGUGCGGCGCUUCUCCGUGCAGUACAUUUGACCUCCACUGGCCUUUAGCAUUGGAGGAACCUCAAGAGGAAUGCAACUUGUCACUGGAGCUAUUUUGGCUAUGUGCGUGCGUUAAUUGUAAUCACAGCCGUUGCAUUGCCGCUAAUCGUCGUCUUCGGUUUCUUUUUUUUUUCUUUUCUUUUUAUUAAACUGCGAUAGCAAUUAUUUUCACCAUGCCUGUUUGGGAUUAGGUGGUCAGGCUGAAUGGCACAUCGUCUGCGCAUGCAUUUUGCUGCAAGGAGAAGCAACACCGACCCUCUGUCUGAAAGCUGCAGCCAUGAGGUGGAGGACGGACUUGGGACACCUGCUCGGAGCCCGGCAGAGCCCCUGAGUCACCCCAACUCGUUUCAUAUGAAAGUAACUCCAGGACAGCUGGCUCUUGGUCUGCCUCCUCUUUCACCAGAUUAUGGCAGCCUGCAACGCCAUACUACUGUAUUUGUACCCAAGGUGAACAGCAGCGGUGGGAACAGGAAGAGCACACUCCAGAUUUCCUUGCAGUCUUCCAGCAGGCAGAAUUUGGAUGGAGACGGUUCCAGUGGUGGGGGAGAGGAAACAGACCCUGGGAUUUGCGACGGCGGUGCUGGAGGCAGCUCUGACGGGGGAUCGUGUAGCAGCAGCACGGCUAGCGAUGUCGGCUACUGCAGCAGCAACAGCAUAUUCGACUCGGAUAUCGCUGAGCGCAAGACGUCCCAUGAUAAAGGUACAUGCCGUCGGAGGACCAAGGCUCCUUUACGCCGCUGCUCCUCGCUGGUCAUUUUCCCACGUAGUCCCUGCACCACACCGCCGGCUUCGCCGGUCAGUCCCGUGGCAGCUCCUCUGCUUCCGCCGUCUAACCGAGGGCCCUUUCAGACCUCACACCAGCUGCAGCUGUCCGCAGCAGAUUCGUCUCCGGACGAGCCCAAGGUCUCGGUCGCCUCAGCGGUGAAUGGUGUGAGACUUUCCAAGAGCAGCUGUCAGCCCGCUGAAGUUCGGGAUGCCAGGCCCAUCAUGCAUUUUAGCAUUUCGACUGACCCGAUGAUAAGAUCUGAACAAUCCGAAAGGCACUCCGGUGUCCUGGUGCACCCUGCAAACCAGCCCCCGCUUCCACCUGGGAAAGGAAACCCGGCCAGAGCCGUGGUCAACGUCGACUGCUCUAAAUCCCCGGAAAAGUCAGAGGAAGCCAACACUAAACUUGGGAACCGUAAUCCGAAGCUGUACCGUAGCACUUCGGCCUGUAUGCUUCCCACGGGGAAGUUAUCGACGGAGAAGAGACACCACACUUGUCCGACUAUCGGCAAAUCGAACACGUUUCAGGAAAUCUGUUUUCACCGAGGCUUGCAGAGGAGUAUUUCCCUCGAGGUGCCCUUCUUGAACACUGGGAUAUCAUGCCAUAUGUCCAACACAAAACAGCCCAGCCGCAUGAAUGGCGCGACACACGUGCAUAUAUACGUGUCCCGAGGGAAUGGUGUGAAAGCGCCCGACUCGCCAAAAGAUACCAGUGCCAAUGAUAAAAAAGAACUGGCUCUUACCAACUCUGGGACGCGUGAUGACUUUCUGGGUCAGGUGGACGUUCCUCUGCAUCAGAUCCCUACAGAAGCACCGGGCAGCGAGAGACCGUACACGUUCAAAGACUUUCUGCUCCAUCCGAGAAGCCACAAGUCAAGGGUCAAAGGUCACCUGAGGCUAAAGAUGACCUACCUGCCCAAGAGUGGUUCAGAGGAGGAGCAGACCGAGCAGGUCGAGGAAGUGGACCCCGGCUGGGAGUUCCUGGAGAGUCAGGAUGUGUGCGGGCCGUGCCAACCUCACCAGCUGCCCCCGCUGCCCCCUGGCUGGGAGGAGAGGCAGGACAACCUCGGCAGAACCUACUACGUCAACCACGAGAACCGCACCACACAGUGGCACAGACCCACUAUCCAGGACGUGCAGAGGGAGGCGGAGCUGAUGCAGAGCACGCACGUACAACUUCCCUUCAUCACGCGCAGACAGAUCUCUGACCACGAUGAGAACAACGAUCGCAGGGAGUCUCCUGAGAGUUGGGAGAUCAUUACUGAGGACGAGGGCACUCUGUACAGCAGUCAGAAUCAGCUCUCUCCCCCUCCUCCUCAUUCACCGCUGGAUUACACGGCUUUCACUGAGGAGUUCUGCAGGUUACAGACGGGCAGCGAGAACCGCACCUCUGUCACAGGUCACGGGAGUCGGAGAGGGAGCGCACCGUUGCUGACUGUAGAGGAACGUCCGGUUCAUCCUGUGAUGUUGCCCACGACCCCGGGUUUGCCCCCUGGCUGGGAGGAGAAGCAGGACAGUAAGGGUCGAGUUUAUUACAUCAACCACAAGAGCAGAAUCUCCACCUGGACCCGGCCACUUGUCCAGUUGAUCCAGCCGACUGACGGAUCCUCCUCGUCUGCGGCGGGCGGAGCGUGUGGUCGCUCUCCGAGCCCCACGGUGUACGCACCGCCCCAAGCCUCGCCCCAAGCCUCGCCCCUGCACUCGCCCGGCCUGCAGCAAUCGCACACCUUCGACUUCGCUGGCUCCAUGCUCCCGGGCUGGGAGGUCCGGGUCGCUCCGAACGGACGGCCAUUCUUCAUCGACCACAACACCAAGAGCACGACGUGGGAAGACCCCAGGUUGAGGAUUCCUGUUCACAUGAGGAAACAAGCCUCUCUCGAUCCCAACGACCUCGGCCCGCUGCCGCCUGGCUGGGAGGAGAGGGUUCACAGUGACGGAAGGAUCUUCUAUAUCGAUCACAACACUAAGACCACACAGUGGGAAGAUCCCAGACUGCAGAACUCCGCCAUUACCGGACCAGCUGUGCCUUACUCCAGAGACUACAAGCAGAAGUACGAGUAUUUCCGCAAGAAGCUCAAGAAGCCAGGAGACAUCCCGAAUCGUUUCGAGAUGUCCGUGAGACGGAACGCUCUUCUGGAGGACUCAUACCGCCGCAUCCUGUCCGUCAAGCGACCCGACCUCCUCAAGGCCCGCCUCUGGGUGGAGUUUGCAGGGGAGAGGGGGCUGGACUACGGGGGCGUGGCCAGAGAGUGGUUCUUUCUCAUCUCCAAGGAGAUGUUCAACCCUUAUUACGGGCUGUUUGAGUACUCUGCUCUGGACAACUUCACGCUGCAGAUCAACCCAAACUCAGGCCUCUGCAACGAGGAUCAUUUCUCCUACUUCAAAUUCAUCGGGCGUGUGGCGGGGAUGGCCGUCUACCACGGCAAGCUGCUGGACGCGUUCUUCAUUCGACCGUUCUACAAGAUGAUGCUGCAGAAGCCGAUCACGUUACAGGACAUCGAAUCUGUGGACAGCGAGUACUUUAACUCUCUGAAAUGGAUCCUGGAGAACGACCCCACUGACCUGGACCUCCGCUUCACCAUCGACGAGGAGCUCUUUGGACAGACGCACCAGCACGAGUUAACGCCAGGUGGCGCUGACGUCGUCGUCACCGACUCCAACAAGAAAGAGUACAUCCACCUCGUGAUGCAGUGGAGAUUUGUGAACCGGGUCCAGAAGCAGAUGUCCGCCUUCAAGGAGGGCUUCUACGAGCUCAUCCCGCAGGACCUCAUCAAGAUCUUCGACGAGAACGAGCUGGAGCUGCUGAUGUGCGGUUUGGGGGACGUGGACGUCAACGACUGGAGAGAAAACACCAAGUAUAAGAACGGCUACGGGCCGAACCAGCCCGUCAUCCAGUGGUUCUGGAAGGCUGUGCUGCUGAUGGAUGCUGAGAAGCGAAUCCGGUUGCUGCAGUUUGUGACGGGGACGUCUCGCGUGCCGAUGAACGGUUUUGCAGAGCUCUAUGGGUCCAACGGGCCGCAGUUAUUCACCAUCGAGCAGUGGGGAACCCGAGACAAACUGCCCCGGGCUCACACGUGCUUUAACCGUCUGGACCUGCCUCCGUACGAGUCGUUCGAGGAGCUCCGAGAGAAGCUCAACAUUGCCAUCGAGAACACUCAGGGCUUCGACGGCGUCGACUAGAGGCGUCACGGCGACGGCGUUACCGUGGAGAACGAGACACGGAGGACGUAGCGGGCGCACGCGGCACGUCGGGCGCUCACGUCAGCGACGCGUCCGUCCGAGAUCGAGGAAGCCUGAUCUACAGAAAAUCCCCCCAUGCUAUUCUCAUCACCGCUUCAAGCUCCGCGUCACGAGCUCGCGGCUUCCCGCCACGUCUACACUCCCGUACUCUCCCGUACUCCGAGUCCAUCUAACCGACAUGUACGUCUGUAUGUAGACGUAAUAAACCCCCGCAGGUUUGACCGUCAGCACAGAGAAUCUCUAUUGCACAAUCGCGUACGCUUCUUCCUGUGAACCUUCUGCAGUUUGACGAUACUAUUCAGUUGUUUUCCUUUUUCCUUUUGUUUAACGAAGUAACAGCCUGUACAAUGCACAGUAAUUCUACCGAUUAUAAACUCGCCUAGAAACGUAUAAAUCACAAUAUCGCUCGUGAUAUUAAUCCUCAUCAGCAGUGUUUUCGGUGUUUCGAAGAAGAAGCGCUCGCAUGUGUGUGCCUCCAUCUCAGGGUUUGGUGGCAGUAUUGGUUAUAGACGCUCGCGUCUCCGUCUCCUCUUUCGUAUCGUUUGUCUGUUUUUAUUCCUCCGACGCUCUUUAAAAACGGCGUUUACGUGAACCUGGUUUACCAGCGUCUCGCUUCAGGAAGCGCAAGGUCUAUAAUGGUUUCUCUUCGUAUCAAAUUUUGUACUCGGUCUCCUUUAGAGGGUCUUUUAUAAGGAAAGAAUUAGUCUUAAUCCGCGUCCGGGUCUCGGCCGGCGAGCUCGUUCGUCCUCGUGUUCGGUUUCCGGAAGAAGUCCUCAGCUUGGCCUGUUUCUCGGAUAUGUUUACAUGCUGAGCAUAAGCACUUUCUCUUUCUCGCUAUAGAAUUCGAUCAGACUGUUAAACUUCAGUGCCCUCGUCUGUCUGCGAGAUCAGCUGAUCGGCUGUUUUGUUGCUCCGUGGUCAAACAAAUCCUCGUCAUUGUUGUUGUUGUUCUUGUUGUUGUUGUUGUUGUUGUUGUUUUUUCUUCUUCCCUUAAACCGAUUAGGAAUUUCUGCAGUUUAUCCCUUUACGCAGAGGAGCAAACAUGUUUAGCACUUAGUAUAACGUUACCGUGUGAAGGACCAGGGGGCGAAAUGGAAAAUAAAUAAAACGAUCGAUAAAUAUCUUAAGAAUUCUAGUCUUUAGUCGCUGAUUAAAUAAUCCCAACAAUGCAAAAUUAUACGUAGAAAUAAAUAUCAACUCUUGAGUAGUAUUUCUGCUUCAUAUCAGUUUUUUAUAGAUCGAAAUAUUUUAUAGGAAUCAACCGUUGAAUAAUAAAUAAUAAAUAUCAGAAUACAUACACGUUUUUUUUGUUGUUUAUUUUUAUUUUCUUCUUGAUAUUUAUAGUUUAUUUAUUACUGUUAUUUCACUAUUAUUUUUUUUUUUUUUUUUUUUUUUUUUUUUUCCUGCUCUGGUCCACCAUUUUCAGCAAUAUAAGGGGAUUAAAUGUGUAUUAUAAAAGAAAACAUGCCUUUUAAUCUGGAAUAUAAAUCAUAAUGGUUUAAUCGGGUUACGUGCCAGUGUUCUGGCAGCAUAUUUUGGGGAAACAAAUAAAGAGAAAUGGAAAA